CAGCAGACAUGCGCAGAGAAGGUCGACUCAAUUUGAUGUCUGCUGCUCUAUCCACGUAUUCGCUGUACCGGUGUGUGGUGUUUCAGAUUAUCAAAGGCUUGUUGUUACUGACUGUUCUGUGAGUUUUAGAUGAAGGUGACAACAUGGUUUAACAAAAUCUGUUGAGUGUAGAAUACAAGAAGUUCCAAAGGAUCUGAGGAGACAGCAGGAAGUUGGCAUGGAGGCAGCACACAGUUUGCUACUUAACGAAGAAGCUCUCAAAAGGAUACCAGAAUCCAAACGUCCUGUCUUUGUAUUUGAAUGGCUGCGGUUUUUGGACAAAGUGCUGGCUGCAGCACACAAGUCGGACAUCAAGGGCAGCCAGAAAACGCUGGUGGAGCAGCUGACGGCCCAGAUCAGCGAGUCGCCGGGCCCUCCCACACGCAAGCUGCUGGCCCGCUGCCUGGCCCUCAUCUUCAGCGUUGGCGACACCUUCGCGCUGUUCGAGACCGUCAACAAGUGCAAUGACAUCAUCCGCAACAAGGACGACUCGCCUAGCUACCUGCCCACCCGCCUGGCAGCCAUCGCCUGUCUGGGCGCCAUGUACGAGAAGCUGGGCCGGAUGACGGGUCGGUCCUAUGAGGAGAGCGUGCAGAUCUUGAUCAAGGCACUCAAGAACGCCGAGUCUCAAGGACGGUUCGAGAUCAUGCAGACGAUGGAGCGGCUGGUCGCAGGAUUGGGGUCAGCGGGGUCAUCUUGCCACAAGGACAUCUACAAGGCUGCGCGCCAGGCCCUCACUGACCGUGCCAUGUCUGUGCGUUUGGCUGCAGCAAGGUGCAUGGAUGAACUUGUAAAAGAAGCACCUUUCAUGAGCAGCACUGAAUUGGAGACUGUGGCUUCACUGUGUUUCCGUGCACUUGAUGGUUCAAACUAUGAUGUCCGUUGUGCUGUUGCCAAACUUCUGGGAAAUUUGUUAGCCAGUGCUCAGAACACUAAAGUUCAAAUAGGUAAAGUAAAGCCAGCCAAACUGGAGGAUGUGUUGAACAUCCUGGCUUCUGGCUUCUUGAAGGGCGGCAUGGGAUUUCUAAAAGGGUCAGCAGCAGGGGAGAUGAUCAAAGGGAGCGCCAGCAUCAACCGAGAGAUUCGCGUGGGAAUCACACAUGCCUAUGUAGAGUUCAUCAGAUGCAUGGGGGGACUGUGGCUAGAGCGCAACAUCUCCAUCUUCCUCAAUCAUGUACUGGAUCUGGUGGCCAACCCACGGGCCACACCCACUCAUGUGGACGCUGUUUAUGCUCGCAAAUGCAUUCUCUUCAUCAUGCAGUCUGUUAUUGGAGGCAUGUUGGGAGAAAAAGCACAGAUUGCUGCUGCCAAAGAGAUUUGCCAAAUCAUCAUUAAACAAAUGAACACUGUUGGGGAGGCUACAGUUGAUGCAGCAGAAGGGAAAAGCCAGACAACAGACCUGACAGCCAGUCAGCAUGUGCUAGUGUGUGCCCUGCAUGAGCUAGGGAGUCUGGUUCUUCGCCUUGGCACCUCAGCUAGUCCCCUUGUGGCGGAACCUGCUACAGGCAUCAUUGAACCAGUGGUGUCAGUACUGAUACACCCAAGCCAUGCGGCCCGCCUCUCAGCUUCCUGGUGUCUAGGCAGCAUUGCUGUGGCACUGCCCUCACAGCUGACCCCUCUGCUGGACCGCUGUGUGGAGCGCAUGGAGAAGCUGAAGUCAUCACCAGAAGCUGUUGCAGGAUACAGUAGUGCUCUGGCUGCUCUCUUAGGGGGAGUGUAUCAGUGUCCUUUGGGCAUCCCACACUCCAAGGGAAAGCAAAUCUUUAGCAUAGCUGAGGAGUUGCUGCGUACAGCCUCACAGAACAGCCGCUUGUCUCUGCAGCGAACUCAGUCUGGCUGGUUGCUUUUGGGUGCUCUUAUGACUUUAGGGUCUCCUGUGAUCAAGAACCACCUGCCUCGAAUGUUGCUUUUAUGGCGUAAUGCUUUUCCUCGCUCCACGCGUGAGUUGGAAGCAGAAAAGGUACGAGGUGAUGCCUUCACUUGGCAAGUGACUCUAGAAGGGCGUGCUGGCGCGCUUGGAGCUAUGUACAGUUUCCUGCUGAACUGCCGUGACUUGGUGACAGAGGAUGUAAUACGGAGGAUGUUAGCACCACUAGAAUGUGCCCUACUAAUGAUGGCACAUCUUACCAGUGUGAUCAAAAUGUAUGGAUCCCAUCUCAAAGCUAGUGCUGCAAUGAUCCGUCUGAGAUUAUAUGACGUUCUUUCCUUGCUUCCACCCCAGUCCUUCGAGGGUAUGUACCCAAAUCUUUUACGAGAAUUGGUGGCAGAAUUUACACUCACAGACAACCCAGCCAACACAACAACAUCACAGCUGCGUUCUAUGUGCCACGUGGAUGACAGCGUAAUUUUGGGUUCUUGGCUGCAGGAAACAGAUCACAAAGCUAUUGAGGACCAGCUUGAGCCUAAUCGUAGAGUGGAUAAAGAAAGUUUGCAGCCCAACAGUGCCUCUGGAUCUGGCGCCUUGGAACAUGAUGCCCAGUCUCUGUACAUGAGAUGUUCUCCUAGUGACCCCAUUCCUGGACCACUGCCUCUGGGUGUGGCUGUUAUUGACAGCUCAGUAAGACUGUAUGGGGUUAUCUUCCCUCAUGUGGCCCACAAGCAUCGCUACCAGAUGCUGCAACAUUUCAUCGAAUGCAUUCGCCAGGCAAAAUCGUCACGGCAACAAGCUGUGCAGAUGAACAUUUUCACAGCUGUGCUCUGUGCUUUGAAGAGUCUCUCUGAAAUAAAAUCAUCACUGGGCCAGGAUGAUGUCAGAAAAGCAGCAUUUACUCUGAUCAUGGAUGCUUUGGGCAGCUCUAAUCCCAUCCUGCGCUGUGCAGCAGGUGAAGCCUUAGGGCGCAUGGCGCAGGUGGUUGGUGACAGCAAGUUCAUUGCUGAGAUGGCCCAGCACAGCUUUGAUAAACUAAAGUCAGCACGAGACGUGGUGAGUCGCACUGGCCACUCCCUGGCCUUGGGUUGUCUUCACCGCUAUGUGGGAGGGAUGGGGUCCGGCCAGCACCUUAAUACAUCUGUGUCCAUUCUGCUGGCUCUAGCACAGGACUCUAACUCUCCAGUUGUUCAGGUUUGGGCUUUACACGCCCUGGCACUGAUUGCAGACUCUGGUGGACCAAUGUUCCGAAGCUAUGUUGAACCUACGCUGUCACUUGUACUGCAGCUGUUGUUGACUGUUCCUCCAGCAACUGUCGAUGUACAUCAAUGUCUGGGAAAAUGUUUGUCUGCACUCAUCACAUCCAUUGGACCAGACCUUCAGAGUAACACGGGACCUGUGGCAACGGCCCGCUUGUCAUGCCUGGUAUGCUGUGGCAUCAUGCAGGACCAUCCCGACUCUCUUGUGCAGGCAGAGGCCAUUGCCUGCCUACAGCAACUGCAUAUGUUUGCACCACGCCAUGUCAACGUCAACACCCUCGUUCCACACCUCUGUGAUAUUCUCACAAGUUCUCAUUUACUUCUACGGCGGGCAGCUGUUGCCUGUCUACGACAGCUGGUCACUCGUGAAGCCAAGGAGGUCAGCACUAUGGCCUUGACCUUGGCAGGAGAUGGAAAGGAUGGACGUUCUUCAAGCAACAUUGGAGAGACGGGCCUGGAAGGAGCACUGUUCAGCAUGCUAGACAGAGAGGUGGAUGGGAAACUGGUGUCAGAUGUUCAGGACACUUUGGUCAGCCUUCUUCAAAGUCUUGCCAUCCUUAAUCUCACUCGCUGGUUACAGUUGCUGAAGGACGUGCUCUCAGCAUCUACUGAUUCAUCUACAACUGAGCCAGAGGUUGAUGAGGGAGAUGAUGACAGUGCAGAAAAUGAAGAUGAUGAUGAACGUUUCAAUGCUGCUGAACCUGAUGUCACCCACCCAGCUAUAUCACCACGGUGGCCAACCAAAGUGUUUGCUGUGGAGUGCCUGAUGAAGGUCAUGGUAGCCUGUGAAGAGGGUGAGGGUCAGUAUGACCUCAUCAAGGCCAAGGAGCUUAAGCAGACUUCUGAACAUAAAGGGAGUUUUCUGGUUUUACACCUGAGUGAUUUGAUUCGCAUGUCCUUCAUCGCAGCCACUUCUGACAGCAACCAACUGAAAUUAGCUGGCAUGUCUGCUCUUGAGGAAAUUAUACGUAGAUUUGCCAAGGUGCCAGAACCUGAGUUUCCUGGAUGUGUUAUACUGGAGCAGUACCAGGCACAGGUGGGAGCUGCGCUUCGGCCAGCUUUCUCUCCAGACACUUCGUCGGAUGUCACUGCAGCAGCCUGUGAUGUAUGUAGCAAGUGGAUUGGCAGUGGGGUGGCGCGAGAUCUGAACGACUUGCGGCGAGUACAUCAGCUUCUUGUAUCAUCCCUGGCCAAGCUGAACACAGGCAAGGCCCGCACACAGCUCUACAAUGAGAGUGCAACUACAAUGGAGAAGCUGGCUGUCCUACGUGCUUGGGCUGAGGUGUACAUAGUAGCAGUGGCUCGAGAGAAAGACAGCCAGACAGCGCGACUAUACAACGGCAAGGGGGAGGAUAAUGAGGAGGAGGAGAAUGGCUAUGAGCACAGCAGGGAAAGUCUCCUCAGCCUUGUUCAGCCAGAGUUGGCCAACCUCAGCAGCCACUGGUUCCACGUCUUGAAGGAUUAUGCUCUGCUCUCACUUCCUUCAGAGUAUUCAAGUCAGCUUCCUCAAGAAGGAGGUGCAUUUUAUCACCCGGACACUAUGGAGACUGCCAAGACCCAUUACAGAAAGUCAUGGCCACCAGUCUUAUAUGCCUUGGCCAUAUGGCUGAAUGAGAAGGGCUUUGAUAGUGUCGGUGGCUGUGUGGAGGCCUUGCCUGAGAGUAAUAAGCCAGCUCUUGGAUCCCUCAGCUUGCAGCCAGCCAAUGCUAUGGCCAACAUGAAACCUGAGGAAGUCAACAACGAUCGCCUUGUUCUUAUUCUUGGUAUCUGCAUGGAGUCACUGUGCUCCACCACAGCCAUGCUGGAGGAAGACAUUGUUGUGCAGUGCCUCAAAGCCCUAUACACUGCACUUGACUCUUCUUGGCCACGCAGGAGGCUUGGAGAGGAUCCAGUCUUGUGCCGUGAGCUUCUCAACGUCAUGCAUAGAGUUAUCUUAACACGAGAGAAUGCAGAGGUUCACCAGCAUGCUGUGAGUGUUGUAAAGCAAGUUAUCAGAGCCGCACAGGAAAUCUUGGAUGCUGAUCGUUCUCGAGCUAAAGAAAAGGACUUGUCAACACCGGUUACUGAAAAUAGCACAGAUUCAGUGGACACUGCUGAUAGCUCAGGAGCAGCUACCCCAGGGGCUGGAGAAGGAGGAACUACUGGUGAUUUCUUGGUGGACCGUUCUGUUGUCUUUGCCACGCUAGAGGUGUGUUUGUGUGCUCUGGUGCGCCACAUACCUGCCCUGAAUCCUUCAGCUCCUGGCACAGGCUUCCAGAUUCCCACCCACCAGACUCGACUUUCUGAGGCGACCUUUGCUCUCUUGUCCUCGGUUGUCCUGCUUAUGCCGGAUCUUAUGCAUCUCUGCUCUCCCAUGGGGGCCAUCACAAUUUUGCCCACUAUUCUCCACCUGACCACAAGUGUAGUGCAGGAGCUGGCUGCCAGGUCUGCAGAAAACAAGGCUCCCACUGUCGUUGCUGCCUGCCUGCAGACCUUGAAGCUGCUGUGUACCAGCUCCCUGGUCACAGACAAAGGAGUUGGCGCCAGUUGGGUUAGACUGCUCCAGAGUGCUGUUGCCACCAUUCUCCGCUAUGGUAUGCCAGCAGAAGACAGUCCAGGUAUAGAGCAGGGUGUUCUGGUUCAGCUGCUGACUGUCUUUAUUGUGAACUCACCUCGAGAAGUGACAGCUGCUGCCAACCUUCAGAAUCGUAUCCUGGAUUGCUUCACUGAAGCUUGGGAUACCGGCAACGUACAGGUGCAGCUGAAGUGUGUGCAGUCUCUCAUCUCCAUUCUGCACCAUCCAGACCGACUGGUGACGCCAGCAUACAUCCAGAGUCUUGUGCCUCGCAUGAUUGAGCACCUAUAUGCCACAGCAGCUUCCAUUUCCACCCUGUCGGACAUGGACCUUUCCAUCUGUCUUGAGGAGCUGUGCAUGAUGGAGACUCUGGUGGCGCUUGCUGAGGAAAACAAGCGAGUGACAAUGGUUGCUGUUCUGGUGCCCAUACUGGUAUCCCUUUUGCUGGAUGAAAAAAGCAUAGCUACAGCCAACGCCAGUCGUCGCACGCUUAGUGAUGUUAGCCUGCAGAAACUGCUUCAUCAAGGUCAGCAGUACCCAGAACAGUUCCGCCAGGUGAUGAGCAUGUCUGUUCACCUUCGACCUCGUCUUGAGGCAGCAGUGAAGCUCAGUCAGGCUGCACAAGCUCAAGCUAAAGCCCGCACAAUGUCCAAGACCGUUGCCCCACCAAAGAAGCCCACCAUCACGCUAACAAUGGACUUCAGCAAGAACUUUAACAGCUAAAAAAGGAAAUCCACCAUAAUCAAAACAGUGACAAAAUAUUUACCCAGGAAAAGCAAAACUGAAAUACUACUAUUUUUUUUUUUGAAGGUGGGUGGGGGAAUAGAUGCAAUGUUCUGCGUAUGGUGGAAAUAGUCUUGUAGUUCUUGUCUGUGAUCAUGACAGUUGAAAGAUUUGUCAAGACUGUAGCAUCUUGUUCACAGAAUCUGUGAGUAUAGAUGGUUGUAAUGUUUGUAUAACAGUACCUUGUGUACAGAAUAUAGACUUUGUAUAAAGAUUUUGUCUCUCUAUCACAAUGCAUAACGAUAACUGCCUUCAUCUUUUAUCCUCUCAGAGUUGGUGCCUCACCUUAGAGCUCUCAUUUAUAUAACCCCACCGAAGUCCUUUCUUCACUGGUAGCUGUGCAAGGAAUUUGUCAGCUAGAUUUUCUCACAUUAAUCCAAAAGCUUUGUGAUUUCAUGAAUCCAGUCCCAAGAGCUUUCUGAGAGUCAGUUAUAUGGCUGUGCAGAUAUCCAUCUUGCAAUUGUAGACUACAUCUAGGCGCAUCAAAAUUUUUAAUCCACGUUUGUACAUCAUCUCUUCCAAUGCCAGAUAUCUGAAAUGUAAUCCUUUUUGACUUUUCCGUUCACAACAGAUUUGUACAGAUUUGGCAUAGUCAGUUAUUUAUCAGGUCUUGUGUCCUAAGUCACAAGGUUGGGUCUCCAGGCGAAGUAAUUCUCACAUACCUGCCUGAAAUGAUGCAGUGAGUCACACUUGCGAAAAUAUGCAUUUUGUAUACCCACACACACAUCAUCAUACUUGAAUCUGGUGAAGUCGUCGUGGAAUCUGAAUCUUUUUCAUUAAACAUCGUCACUAUCUUUGAAUUCAGUAGGAGAGGAGGGAAAAAUAGAAAUGAGUGAUAGUAGUCAUAAGUCAUAUUUGUAAAUCAUCUCUUUGCACUGCUGUACCCAUAAUGGAUUUGGAGAUUUUCAAAUCUUGUAGGCCAAGAAAGUCAGCUUUCCUCGUCUCUGUUAAGAUAACCAAGUCUUGUGAUGUUUUAUAGAGACACCAGAGUUUCAUGCAUCAUGCUACAUCAGUCUUAUGCAUUUCAAAAUAAUUAAAUAAAAUAAAUAAUACUUAAAGGGAGGAAGAAUCAAAAGUUCAAAAUUUGCUGAAAUUACUUUUAUGCUGUUUUUCAUAGAGCAGUGAGUAAAAAAACAGCAUAGGCAGCCCUGCACCCUUUUGGUCACUAUACCUAUCAAAUAGCUGGAUCAGUAUGGGAAAGUAUGUUGUACUACACAGGUAGGAAAACUAGUUCUGUGCACACCUCUUGCCAAGGAUGCGGGUGUGCAAACCACUCCUUAUCAUUGUUAUGUUCUCUUUCUUGCACUCACUUGCGCUCAUACAUACUCAAACAGGAGAGAGGAAACUGGAGAGUCUAGAGAAAACAAGCAACAGUCAGCUCUGUAAACAUGUUGCAUCCAGAGAGAUGUGUGAUGGAGUUAAGAUACAAAUACACUGACGAUCUGAUCAGACUAGGUUUGGUUGGUUUUUUUUUUCACUUUGGCGUCUCAGUCUUGGAACUAAUUGAUUUUCAUUAUAGGAACAAGAUCAGACAGAUAUGGUGAAUUGCUGAUUAAGACCCAGGUAUCAACCUGUUCAUUUUGUACAUAAUUUUGAUACUUUAGAUGCUACUGGUAAUGGCCCUGAUAUGAAGCAAGCGUCAGACUGCACGAUACAAUGACUGGUGUGGAUACAGCUACCCCAUUAUCCCUGGAACAGAAUGCAGUACUAGAUACCCCAUGAUCCUUGGAGCUGAAUAUUGCAUUAGAGUCAAGGAAACAUUGGAUCAUGUGUGUCGCAGACAUUAUCAGUACCAGUUAUCUGUACUAGUGAUGACAAGAAUCAGGAAUGUGUGGCUGUGGCGAUAGAGCAAAAUGACAGGGAAGGAGGGAUUUGACAGCUUUCCUGCCCUUUGGUUCUGACACACAAGAUACUAUUAGGACAACGUGCUGAUCACACUACAUGUAUUAAAAGUAGGCACUCUGUGGUAGCUAAAUGAGAAUUCGAUGCUGUGAGGAAAGAUGUAAUUAAUGAGACUAACUGCUGGUGAAUGGCAGUUCAGAAAUGAGGAGGAUACAGAGGAGAGAUGAAAUGAGUAUUUUUAAUAAUUCUUGAGUUGUGUGUUGAUGUUGGGAAGGAUGGUUGUCAGUCGAUAAUCCAGCAUGUGAAUGAAUCACCUGUUUGUGGAAUUGUUGUUUAGUCUGAUGUACAGUUUCUGGAAUAAACUCUACCAAAAAUGGCAGAUACUGAAACAUAUGCCUUUGGCACAGAAUGCCAUUUUCUAAGUGAUAAAUACAAUGUUAGUUUUCCUUUCCAUGUUGCAAGAAACUCAGAUUUGAAAUUAUUUUAGAAAGGACUUUUUUUUUAAAACAUAUUUUAAUAUCGUUGAUGCCUGUUAUUGUAAAUAUAAACAAAACAUUUGCCAAGUGGCAGCAGAACAAGUAAGAGGGGGGUAAAGUACUCAGCAUCUGCAAAAAUAGAAGGCAGAAGAAUGUAUAUGUAUAUAUGUCGUAAGAAAGAGAGCGUUGCAUGGUAGAUUUCUUAGUGUCUUUGUUAGGCAAAAAUGUUCCUGCCUGAGGAAGUUAACUCUUUCUUU